AUGAACUGGGGUAAAGUAAGCGCCAUAUCAGAGGAGCCACUUAGUGGUAAAUUGAAGGAAGCAUAUCCGUCAGUGUUUAAUGGAAAAGGAGUCAUAAAGACAUUCAAAGCUGAUGUCAAGGUGCAACCCAAUGUCAACCCAAGAUUCUGCAGGGCACGUCCUGUACCAUAUGCAUUGAGGGAAGCUGUUGAAAAAGAGAUUGAUCGAUUGGAGAAGGAAUGGAUAAUACGGAAGGUGGAAAAAUCUGACUUGGCAACACCUAUUGUUGUGGUACCCAAGGCCAACAAGAGUGUUCGGCUGUGUGGAGAUUUUAAAGUGACUGUAAAUCCUGUCCUGGAAGAAAACAUUUACCCAUUACCUACGGAUGAAGAUCUGUUUGCAAAGAUGGGAGGAGCAACAUUGUUCUCCAAAUUGGAUUUGUCAAGCGCAUAUCUCCAACUUGAACUAACAGAGAAGUCAAGGCCUCUGCUGGUAAUCAACACUCACAAGGGACUGUAUGAAUUCCAGAGACUCUGUUUCGGUAUAUCCACAGCACCAUCCAUUUUUCAGUCAGUCAUGGACCAAGUUCUCCAAGGGAUUCCUCAUGUGGAAUAUCUACUCGAUGACAUACCCAUAGGUACAGUGACAGAGAAGCAGCAUGACGUGAUCCUCCAUCAAGUACUCAAGCAUCUAGACACUUACGGAAUCAAGGUUAACAUGGACAAGUGCAAGUUUAAGGUUCGCAGUGUCGACUAUCUUGGACACCAUAUUGAUGGAAACGGCUUUCACCCAAUGAAGGAGAAGAUACAAGCUAUCACGGAGGCACCGCAUCCAAAGAAUAUCACUGAGUUGAGAGCAUUUUUGGGAAUGAUCAACUUCUACAGUCGGGUUCUUAGGGAAUAUGUCUACCCUGCUGUCACCACUGUAUCAUCUGCUUUAAGCAGACAUGGCUUGGAAGUGGACGACCAAGCAAGAGACGUCUUUCAGAAGUGCAAGACAAUGUUGUCAAGUGAGAGUGUGUUGGUUCAUUAUGACAUGAACAAAUCUCUAACGCUGGCAUGUGAUGCAUCUGCAUACGGAGUAGGAUGUUACCUAUCCCAUCUGAUGGAUGAUGGAUCGGAGCGACCGAUAUCCUAUGCCUCCAGAACGUUGUCUUCCAGCUAA